CUCGCAGCAGUAGCCGUACCGUAGCUGCAGCAGCGUCCCUGACGCGCAGAGGCUGCCCACCCUCCACUCACAGCAGAGGAAAAUCCCGAAAUUCUUGGUUUGAGACCCAACCGCCAGCCCACGGUCCUCGGAGAAAGAUACUUUUGUUUACCAUCACAAACCCAAUACGACAUCCAUGGCUUCAUCCGUGAGUGGAACGGAGGAGGUGCGCGUUUCGGCGUUGACGCCGCUGAAGUUGGUGGGUUUGGUGUGCGUCUCCCUUGCGCUCUGCCUGGAUGUUGGGGCCGUGUUGAGCCCCGCGUGGGUAACGGCGUAUAACCAGUACUACCUGUCUCUGUGGGAGUCCUGCUGGAAGCCUGUUAACUCGGACACAUGGCAGUGCAACACAACGCUCGAGACUGACUGGCAGAUUGCCACGCUGGUCCUGUUGUUGGGUGGUGCAGCCCUCAUCCUGUUCUCCUUCCUGGUGGCCCUGGUGUCAGUGUGUGUCGGCUCCAGGAGCCACUGCUACAGACCCGUCGCUGUCAUGCUGUUCGCUGCAGUGGUGCUUCAGGUCUGCAGUCUGGUCCUCUACCCCAUUAAGUUCAUUGAGACGGUCAGCUUGAGGAUAUACCACGAGUUUAACUGGGGCUACGGCCUCGCCUGGGGAGCCACCAUCUUCUCCUUCGGAGGGGCCAUUCUCUACUGCCUCAACCCCAAGAACUAUGAAGACUACUACUAAACCCUGCAACACUUCAUGUUCCCCCCAAACUCACUGUGAUAGCAGCCGAUGCUCUGAACUUAGUAUAUUUCUAUAACUGGUAGAGAAAAUAAAUAUUCACACAAAAA